AUGGACCCUGAGUGGUUGCGGAGCUGUUGGCCAUGGAUGGGCUCCUCGGCGCUGGGCGUUUGUGGCCUGCUGCGACUGAUGGAGCCGUCGAAGACGGAGACGUCUGAGCUGGGGAGGCUGAUGCUCCGGUUGGUUGAAAGUGAACGUCUUCGAAGAUGGGGCCUGAGCCUAUCUGCUGCGGCUUUAGUUGCGGGCCUCUAUCAGAUGACCUUGAUGCCAGUGCGCAAGCGCACCAAAGACUACCACGACCACCACUCCAAACAUUUUAAGGCACUGCGCGGCAAGAUGUUUCCACCGGGCUUUCCCAAUGGCUGGCACUGUGUGUGCAAUGCCACAGACCUGGCAGAUGGACAGGUGAAAUCCAUUUCGGCCCUGGGAACCUACAUGGUUGCCUUCCGUGGCCAGGAUGGAAAGGUGGGCGUUACCCAUGCCUUCUGCCCCCACAUGGGAGCGCAUCUGGGCAUGGGCGGCGUUGUGGUGGGCAACUCCCUGCAGUGUCCCUUUCACGGCUGGUCCUUCAACGUCGCAGGCGACUGCGUCUCUGUGCCCUACCGGCGCUGCAACCGGGACAUGCCGGAGAGCUCCAAGCUGCACGCCUAUGAGGUACGCGAACAUCUGGAGCGGAUCUUCAUCUGGUUCGAUGCGGAAGGUCGUCCCCCGCAGUGGGAGCUGACCUGUCACGAAAAACUGGAGGAAGAUCUGCAGACAGGAUCCUUCUACCUGGCAGCCAUUCGACAGAUGGAGUUUGACCAACACUGCUGCGAGAUGCACAUGAAUAGCGCCGACCCCUACCACUUCAAGACGCUGCAUGCACCGUUGCCGUUGCCGCUGCUCGAGAAAUUCAUCACAGCAGACCAUACUGCAACGCAGGAAUAUGGCAAGGGAGUUGUGAAUGAAGAGCCCAAGGAUGAAUGGCACAUGGCCUCCUUCGAAGAGAGGACGCAUGGGCUGUUCCUCUUUGGCCAUCCACGGCUUCCUGUGCCCUUGAGCGCAACGAUCUCUGAGUCCAUCGAGACAAAUGUCACUUUCGAAGGGCCCACGAUCGUUCACUUCCGCAUCAAAACGCCCUUGGGAGUGCUGCGGCAGGUGAAGACCAUUCUGCCGAUUGAGCCCUUCAAACAAUACGUGGAAGCCAGAUGGUAUGCCGAAAGGAGCGUUCCACGCCUCAUUGCAUGUGCUUUGGCUUGCAUCGGAGGCCGCGCUUUGGAACAAGACCGCGAGGUCUGGGAGAACAAGGUGUACCACAAGAAGCCGGUGCUUGUUGCCGGCGACGGUGCCUUUUUGGAGUUUAUGCGCUGGUACGAUCAGUUCUACUCUGAGAAAUCCGCGUCUUUAUGCUAUGAUUGGUAG